AUGCCUCAAUAUCCAUGUACAAUAACUGAAUGUCCACGUAUAUCAAGAGCAUUAUGUCACUGUUGUCAAAAUAAUUAUUGUAUUGAACAUUUAAGAGAUCAUAAUGAUACUUAUUUAUCUCAAUUAUAUGAAUUAACAAAUCAAAUAAAUAAAUUAUCAGAAUAUUUUCGUGGUCAACAUCGCCUGCAACUUGAUCAAUGGCGACAAGAAUCACAUCAAGUAAUUGAUUCAUAUUAUGAAAAAAAAUGUCAAGAAUUAGAUAAGAAAAGUAUUCAAAAUGAAACAGUAAAUCAAGAUCGUCAAGUUCUUGAAUGGAUCAAAUUGAAAAUUACUCAACUUAUUCGCGAACAAAACACAACUCAACAACAAAUUGAUUCAUUAAAAGCUGCAACAAAUGCUGUACAACGCGAAAUUGAACAAAUACCUAAAGAACGAUUUCAACUAAAUAUUCCAUCAUUAGUUUUUGAUGAUAACUUCAUUUUAAUAGGAAACAAACAAUCUAAUUUUAAUUUACAUUCUAUAGUAAAAUCAUUAUAUUUAACCAAAGAUAUUUCUACGGAUAGUUCAAUUGUCAUGGCAGCUAAUGCAAAAUAUUUCUUGAUUAGUCAGAAAUCAUAUUUAUAUUUAUAUGAUAAAAAAUUAUAUCUCAUUAAAGAAAUUCCCUGGGAACAUGGCUGUAUAUGGGAUAUGUGUAUGUCAAACACUCUUUCAAAAUUUAUUCUUACUGCAAAAAAAGGAAUCAUUACAUUAGACGAGCAAACAAUGAUAGUUGAAGAAAUCAAAAGUUUACCAGUAAAUGAUCGAUCUUGGUAUUGUUGCGCAUGUUCAAAUAAAAGUUUAUUUUUAGCUACACAAAAUUUGAAUACAACAAUAUAUGAAUAUUCUAUAAUGGAAAAGAAUUUUUCAUUCAGGCGAAAACAAUUAUGUUGUUCAAGUGAUGAAUAUAUUGAACAUAUGAAAUGUACAAAUGAUUGUUUAGCGUUGAUUAUUUUGAAUGAUACAAAAAAUGAAAGACAUCUAGAUAUACGUUCGACAUUGACAUUUGAUCAACUUUGGACUAUUUCACUUAAUAUACAUGAACAAACUAAUAUUGUAUCGUGUUGCUCGUUGAAUGAAAAUGGUUGGUUGAUAGUCGAUGUUGCUGAAACACGUCUUAUUCACGUUACCAAUCAAGGAUAUAUUAAAAACACCAUUACAUAUACGCCAUCACCUCACUACGCCGUCCAAUUUGAUAAUGAUACUCUUGCUAUUUUAACUGAGCAAGGUAUUAAUUUACAUAGAAUUGACAGCGAUGGAGAAUUUCGUUUGUAA